CCACACAAAUGCAGCUGCGCCAUCCUUCUUUUGUCUGCCGAGGAGUACGGAGAGAGCAGCCAGGAGACUUGCCGGCCGGACGGACGAUUUUACCUCCAUUUUGUGCUGGUUUUUGCCCCACUUUGGUGUUGUUUUUUAGUACUUUCUAUUGAAAAAGUGAGCGAGCGACGUCUCUUCGUUUACCCGUUAAUAUUACUGCUCCAAAGACCGACUCCGUGGCCGCCAUAGUCGAGCUCUGCUCAGAAGAAAGAAAUCAAAAUGGAAGACACGAAGUAUCUCCCGGAGCUCCUAGCCGAGAAGGACAGCUUGGAUUCUUCUUUCACGCACGCAAUGAAGCUCCUCGCGGCAGAAAUUGAGCGGAUCCAGAAAGGUGAAACCAAGAAGGAGCCAGAAAAGGAGACCUAUCUGGACCUUUUUGCAACCAAGAGUCUGAAGCUGAAGGAGCGCGUGCUCAUUCCCAUCAAGCAGUAUCCCAGGGUCAACUUUGUUGGGAAGCUUUUGGGGCCCCAGGGCAGCACAAUCAAAAGGCUUCAGGAGGAGACCGGGGCAAAGAUUUCUGUUCUUGGCAAAGGUUCUAUGAGGGACAAAAAUAAGGAGGAGGAACUUAGGAAAGGUGGAGAGGCAAAAUAUGCUCACCUUGCCAUGGAGCUCCAUGUUUUCAUUGAAGUUACAGCACCCAUACCUGAAGCCUACAUGCGUAUGGCUCACGCCAUGGACGAAGUGAAAAAGUUCCUGAUUCCAGAACCUGGUGAGCACGAGCCAUACAUGGAUCCUCACUUCCUGAAUGGAUCCCAGGAUGUCUCAGGCAGGGGGCGUGGUCUUGGCAGGGGCCGGGGUGGUCCACCAGGUGCCGGAGGACCUAGGGGUCGGGGAAUGCCACGUGGGGGUCUUAGAGGGGCUGUGCGUGGUGGAGCGCCCCGUGGAGGACUUGGGCGUGGCAGUGCACCUAGAGGAGCACCAACAGGCAGGGGGGGCCUUCCUUCUGCUCCUACUCGAGGAGGCAAUUCUGCACGCUCUAGACCACCUGCUGCAGGCGCUGCCAGGAUGCUCCCAUCUGCCGGCAUGUCUCACCAGCAACAUCAGGGUGGUCCUUCAGGAUCACAAGCUAAACCAGAUGCUUAUGAUGAAUAUCCUUCAUAUGAAGAGGGUUACGCAGAACCUUCUUAUGAGGGAUAUGACAGUUAUUACAGUCAGCAGGCGGCCCCUGCAGAUACUGAGUAUUAUGACUAUGGGCAUGGUGAAGCACAGGACACAGGAUACGACUCCUAUGCUCAAGAUGAUUGGGACAACUCGUGGUCGGGCUCCGGUGCUGGAGGCAAAGCUCCCCCAUCGCGGCAGUCUAAGGGAUCCUAUAGAGAACAUCCAUAUGGAAGAUAUUGAACGACUACUGGUAGAGGGUUGCUAUGGCAAUUGCCUCCGUUGUAACUCACUUAACCUUUCAAAAGUAAUUUCCCCCUCCUUUGUUCCAUUUUUUUAUAUAAAUAUAUUUUUUGUUUUUAGACUAAAGUAGUGACGUUUAGUUGGAUGUCAGUGCCGGGGGAUAGCGUGAAGGCUUAUGUUUUUGGUUUCCAUUCAAUGUUUUAGUUGCGUAGAUAAGAUUUAACUGGCGUUAACCUAACAAAGGCACAGUAGUAACAUUUUAGUGAUUUCUGGUGGUUAUUUCAGUUAGUGAUUUCUGAGCAAACUGAUUGUGGCGAUACACCUCAUAUAGGCUGCAUUUUCAAAAGUACCUACUAUAAGUUCUAAAUUUUGUUUUUAACUAAAGUCCAUUGACAAACCGAUUUAAACUCAAACCUGAGUUUGUUUUUGAGCAAAAUAUAUUUCUGUUGCAGACUCUUAAAAUCUUAAAUCCCAUUGACAAUAUACAUUUACAUUUGAUAUAUAAAAUAUUGUAACCUGCAAAAGGGUCACUGAUCCACUAAAUCUUGUGAAGUCUGCAGGAUCAAACGUCUGUGUGUAAAGAAAUCUGCAGCCAACUUAAUAUUUUGUACAUAACCUUAGAAAAACUGUGUAUGCUUUAAGUCGUGCCGUUUCCAAAAUGCAUUAUUGUGUACUUUUUUGACUAAAUAGGAACCUAAACAUAUCCCAAAAUGUUUUCUGCAGUGCGUGUUUCAAUAAAGUUUUAUAGUUUCUUUUUAAUCACCCUGAACUUGGUAUUUUGCCUUUGUUGUACCAAAGGAAUGCCCUCAGUUUGUGAAAAUGGGCCUCGGUGGUUCCCGACUUUGCUGAAUACGCUGUAUGUAUACAAUAUAAGCUGAUCUUUAAAAAAAAAAUCAAAAGGAGAAAAAAACCUUCAGUGUUUUGCUAAUGAAGCUAUUCAUUUGUUUUUCAAAACUAAACUUGUAAUGCCACAUUCGAAACAAAAUAAAGCUCACCAUUCCCUGAGGUUAUGUGCUGCCAAAUAUGUCUUAUUUUGAAAAUGAUGCAGUGCUUUCACGUGUUAUUGUCCUUCAACCUUUAGUUUAGUGUAUUUAUCCAAGCUCUCAAAGAGCACUUGUAUCUUCAGCCACUUGAAAAUGACUGAAUUUCAACAGUAUUUCAAAUCAAGCUUGCAGGGAUCUUACUUGACUUUGAUGCAAAGUCAUGCUGGCUGGUUUUUUUAAAAGAAAAAAAUCGCAGAGGAGAGGAUUCUAAAAGCCAAAAGAUCGCCACAAGAAGGUAAAACUAACCCUAACACUCAUUUAUUAGACUUUGUUUUGUGUAGCAAACAAGUAAUGCAAGUCAUCCAAAACAUCAAAACCAUUGAAGUGCAAAAAAUAUUGUCUUUAGUUAAUCCCAGCAAAAUAAGCGACCCAAAACUCUGAUAUGGUUGUAAUUCAACUUUUGCUCCAAUAAAACUUCACUCAUUUCACUCAAUACUUUAUCUUUAAUAUUUUCAUCUUGAUUAUUUUCUAUGGAUUAGUUUCAUGACAAUAAGUAGCUGUACAUAAAACAUUUAAAACCUUCCAUUGUUAAAUUAAAGUAAACUAUUUUUGAGUUGCAUGAUAUUCUAGUAUAAGUAAAUUUUGCAUGGGUUUUGUUUAGAUAUAGGAGCUGGUGUCUCCUGGAUCUCAUUUUCCUGUUCUUCUCUCAGGUUGGCACAACUGUGCAGGCACAGUUACUAAAUUCAACCCCAGAAAAUCGGGCCUUAAGGUCCUUUGAACCUCCUGCCUGUAUUGCAGAAGAGUGAGGGGUUCAAACCCCAAAGCGGUCUAUUGUAGCAUCCUUCUUGGAUGUAACUGUAACACGUCUGGAUGGUUAAGAAGAAAGGCUUUAUUUUUUUAUGCCCAGCUCAGGUUUUUUUUAACCUUUUGAGUUUCAAGCAUUGGUCAGGUAGAUUUUUUUACUCAGAUGAUUAUUUUUUUUAUCUUUUUUAGUUAAAGGGAAAAUAAAGGUGACUCUCUAAAAA